CGUGCAGACGGAUUUCGUCACUGAUCUCCGUCCGCCAUUUUAAUCAACGCGGCACUUUAUUCGUGUUGAAGUCUUUGACCUUUUAAAUCCACAGUAAUACAAUCAGUUACGUAGCAAGCGUCGGAUCAAACUACAUAUACUUCAAAAUGCAGGCCGAAGAGCAAGGUGACUUCAGCACCGACGAGUUUCCAGAAGGCUCCAAGAUAAACGCGAGUAAAAAUCUGCAGGAUGACGGGAAAAUGUUCAUCGGUGGACUCAGUUGGGACACCAGCAAGAAAGACCUUUCUGACUACCUGUCCAAGUUUGGAGAGGUCCUUGACUGCACCAUCAAAACAGACCCCAUGACCGGCCGCUCCAGGGGCUUCGGGUUCGUGCUCUUCAGAGAUGCUGAGAGCGUUGAUAAGGUGUUAGAGCUGAAGGAGCACAAGCUGGAUGGGAAACUGAUUGAUCCCAAGAGAGCCAAAGCCAUGAAGGAAGAGCCCCCCAAGAAGGUGUUCGUCGGCGGUCUGAGUCCAGACACGUCUGAGGAACAGAUCCGGGAGUACUUUGGAGCUUAUGGAGAAAUCGAAAACAUUGAGCUCCCCAUGGACACCAAAACAAACGAAAGGCGGGGAUUCUGCUUUGUGACGUACGUUUUAGAGGAUCCCGUUCAGCAACUGCUGGAGAACAGAUACCAUCAAAUUGGAUCAGGGAAGUGUGAAAUCAAAGUUGCCCAGCCUAAAGAAGUUUACAGACAGCAGCAGGGCAGAGCGGACCGAGGCUUCGGAGGAGGACGAGGAGGCUUCAGGGGCCGUGGAAGAGGACAGGGCCAGGGCUAUAAUCAAGGAUACAACAGCUACUACGGCCAGAACUAUGGAAGCUACGGCAACGGAUACAACCAGGGCUAUAAUGGCUAUUCUGGCUAUGACUAUUCAGGAUACAACUAUCCCAAUUAUGGCUAUGGACAAAGCUAUGAUGAUUACAGUGGUCAACAGAGCAGUUAUGGCAAGGCCUCACGGGAAAGCGGAAACCAUCAGAACAGCUACCAGCCGUAUUGAUAAAGUGGCUAAACACAUUGACGUUCAUGGUAAGGUCACAUCUUUGCUGCGUUCUGGACCCGACCUCAAUGUUAAAGAUCAAUAGACACUAUCUGACAGCUUAAGGCCUACGCAUAUCAAUGCGCCCGAGUUGAACAACACAUGUCUAUAGAUCUUUAAUCACUCACGUUUGUGUAGCCAUUUUGCCUUUUUAGCGUGCCAGAAAAACGUAAGUGUUUUUCUGUAGGUUUUCCUUUUCCUCCUCCUGCUUUAACAGGUGAUCAUAAUGGAAUAACAUAGAGACUUGAUAGCAAUGCUAACAGGUAAAGUACAGCUAAGGGGUACAGAGUAAGGGCGCCUCUCCUGAUUUUUCCUUUCUUUCCCUAAUUCUGAUUAUUGUACCUUGUUUGUACCUGCCAGCGGGGACUUCAUUGCAGGCCGUGUGUCACCUGACCACGACAUUCUCUGGGCGUCGCACAUAGCGGGCAGAGAGCACGGCAUGCACAAGAAAGCGCUGUCCUGUGGUAUGGUCUCUUCAAACUUCCUGUACCAGCGUAAAACAAACAAAAAGACAAAGGAGCUUCCCUCAUUUUCCUUAAGUUGUUGGUUUUCGUUAACAGUUCCAAAUGUGUUUUUUCCAGGACUUUAUUAACGUAACCUAAAAGUGAUUCAUAACUGCUUAAUUGUUGUAUUCUCUUUUUUCAAUUGUAGUGCUCUUGUAUUUCAGUUGUGGAGCUUCAGUGAUUUAUUCUUUUUAUUUCUUUGGUUUCAGUCACACCUCCCUUGUAAAUAAUUGCAUAAAUAUUUCUCUCAUAAUGCUUGCUUUUUCUUUAGAGGCCAUAGAGAACUUCAAAUGGGUACACCUCAAGGCUUUUUCUUAAGCGCAUAGCCUUUAAAGAUCAUAUGUAAAGUGGGUUUACCAAGCCAUUGAAAGCUGACAAAUCUGUGUUAGACAGAUGAAACCAACUCACGUAUUGGCUAAAUGCAAAUGUCAAUUUUUGGUUUAAAGGGGAAGACGUUUGGGCUCGCUCCUCGAUUGGUCGACCGACCGCCUGGAGCUGAAGCUUUUGCUGGCUUAUGAGCUGUUUUGUCAAUAUAAGAUGUCGAACAUAUGAUCUUUAAUCUUUAAUGAUGGUUUUCCUAGUUUAAAAUCGACAGCUCAAGAAGUUAAACACUGAAACAUGGACGUGCUGUUUUUUCUUUUUCUUUAACCUGUCCAAAUUCGAGUGGUUCAUCUUGCGUAUCUUCUCUUGUAGGUCGGCAGGCUGACUUCGACAUUGCUCCUCGGAGGCAGCUUGUGGAUUCCUGUCCUUAAACAACUAUAUAAAAAAAAAAAAAAAAAAACGUUAUUCAGUCCUGUGGGGACGAAUUCAGUGUCUAACCUUGUAAAUAGCGAGGCGUUUUGUUUCCAAGUUUGUCUUAUUCCGUGCUUUGUUCAGAUUGAACCUGUAGGUUUUGUGCUGAUGUGUUCUUAAGUCUUGAAUAGAAAAAGUGUCCUUUAUUUUGUAUUUUAGUUCUUUUCCUGAAGGUUUUUGGAUAAAGGGAUUAAAAAUUGCGAAGAAAUGA